GAUAUGUCAUUUAUUCGAGCAGUGUGUCGUGCCUCCCGUUGCCCGUACGAACUACGAACACAUUGGGUUCCCAUCCACGUCGUCCAGGUUUAUUUUAGCUUACACGGACGGACAUCUGAUGUGAGUAAUGGCGAACAGUUUUACCAUUUCAAAAUGUCCAGGUCCAACGUUUUUGGCGGUUACUUCAUUAUUGUGCUUGUUGGAAGACUGUAUUCAUUUGUGAGGAGAUAUUUUUAUUAAUACAUUAACCAGGGCAAUCCAACUUCCUAAAUGGAAUAUUCAAUACACAUAUACCGAAUUUUUAGGAGACUAAGUUAACAGAAUGCGUUGAAAGGCGGGCUCUAUAUAAGACGAUGGACGCAAAAGAAAGUGAUGGUAUUACGCUUCCUUCAAGAAGUAGGCAUCACUCUACAAAUAAGAUGAAGGUGUUAGUACGUAGUCAUGCAAUGCGUGAAGAGUCUCCACCUCCUUCACAACACGACAGCCCGCCCCAUCACAAACAGCCCUGUAUCAAGCUGAUACCUUCACCUGAGCCAGGGGGAGGAACACCGGAUGGGGGAGGUGGAGGCUGCGUGUCGCCAGUCGUGGUUCUGUCCCCAUCUCCGUCACCUGCAGAAUUGACGCAGCAACAGCAACAAUGUCUGUCACCUGCAGGUACUCUUGUACCUUCAUCACCAGCGUCGAGAGGUUCUCCAAACGGACACCUUCAUCCAGCUGGUGUUGAAGAACACACCGACGAAAGUGAGAUGUCGACCACGAAGUACGCGAACAACACCGCCACUAAACUGCCUCCUACGACCAACAAUAACAGAUACCACCACAACCAGCACUAUAACCAGCACUACCAUCAACAACAGUACCAGCAGCAGCAGCCACCGCCUCCUUUCUUCCCACCGAAACAAUCUAGUCAACCCACGAAUUAUAGGGGCCCCAAUACGGGAGGCGGGGGAACCAGGAAACCAGGCCACAUCCCCUCGCACAACGCUUGUGAUAAUAACAAUACCGUCACCGCAGUUAACAAUAACAAUAACGUCAGCGGAGGCGGUAAUAACAUGCUGACGGUACAGCGGGCACGGGGGAAGUUGAGGCAGCAGAGCUCGUCUCAAGGCAGUUUUGAGAGCUCUUACAAUUCACCCUGCUUAUCGCGAGAUAGCAGUUCGGAACAGUAUACAGAUACGACUGGCAUCGAUCUGGAACAGUUCAUUCCGGAAACGUUAAAUAAAAAUUCUAGAGAUAGGGCGCUGAUGCUACGCAUUGAACAGGAACUAGUCAACUUAGCCAAAGAUAAAUUUAAGACCCACUAUAAAUUUCCUCCUAUGUGCUCCUACCAGCGUAUGUUGAUUCAUCGAUGUGCAGCAUACUUCGGGAUGGAUCAUAAUAUUGAAACUACCGGCGGUAAAAGUGUCAUAGUGAACAAAACGAAGAACACUAGGAUACCAGAGACUGAGUUCAAAGAACUGAUUAGGGAUGAUAUAAUUUUGAACGAUGAGCCCAGAAGAUCGAUAUUAAAGAGAGAUUCCAACAGUAUUGAAGACUACAGCUUUAAAUCACCGGACAGGUCGUGCAGUUCAGAAAAUCGGAGAAGCAAGAGUUUCGAAGAAAGGGAGGAAGAAUAUGAAAAGGCGCGAAGACGGAUAUUCAACAGAGAGCAAAUGCACGAUGGAUCAUCGGAAGAUUUCGGUUGGUCCGAGAUGCCAUGGUCCAGUACUGAAAGUGAAUAUUCGUCAAGGUUCCGGCUUCACCCGCCAGACUAUCAUCGAAGACAUUUUGGAAAGCUAAUAAAGGUGCACUCUGAAGAUACGGCGGAAACGUUGAGGCCAUACGUAGCAAAAAGCUAUAGUUUUGGUGGAUAUGGUGGAAGUAUAUCAGUGCUAAGCAGAGGUGAUAGUGUUAUGUCAACACAUAGCGCUGGACCUAGACUGCUCACAAAACAAGAUUCUGCCGCCAGUUCAGUAUCGUGGCGUCUGAGUCCCAGCAGUUCCGGUUACAAAUCUCAAUCACAAAUGUCUGAGUCGGUGACGCCUUCCCCCACAUCGACGCCCCACCAAGGGGCAGGGCCUCAGAUCGGUGUAGGGGCGGGACCUCCGCAACCACAAAUGUUGGAGGGAGAAGAGGUACCAGCGGCGUUGAGAAAGUGUGGACAUCGUGACAGCCAUAUUGUGUGGGCGGUCACUGAUAUACAUAAUGUCCCCUUAGGAAGCCUUAUCAUCGAUCCGGAGACAGGAAAACCAUUAAAGAACGAUGAUGGUUCUGCUUACCACUACGAUCCUAACAACCUGCCGCCGUUAUUAGUACAUAAUCCGUCAAAACCUGAGUCUUCACAAGCGCCGCCAUCCUCACCGCCUAAACAGUCGACCAAUGAAAAUCCCACACCUUCGCCUAAAAAGAACAGACAAAUUAAAUCAUCUCCUACGAGAAGGAGCACAGUAACUAACAGUUCUACGAGUCCGAGCCUGCCGUUCACGCCACCUCCCCAACAAGUGGUUGCGCAAACGCCCAGUAUACCGCCACCUCUACAAAGGUCCUUCGGUUACGCGGACCAACAGCAGCAACAGCUUACGGGCGGAGGGUAUACCACCGCUUACGCUGCCCCGCCCAUGGAGAACGGAGUUUACGCGCAGUCUUACGUGGUUUACGCUCCGUCGCCCUAUGGGAUGCAUAUGGCAGCUCAGUAUGAUGCUAGGAUGGAAGCAGCUCAGGGUGUCCCGACUGACAUGACGACAUACUACGUCCAGGAUGGUGCCGGUGGAGUUACAUCUUAUCCGCCUGGCACAGCCCCGCCCUAUUGGCACCAUCAACCGGUUGCAUGUUUCUAUCAGAAUGGACAACCAGGAGCAGCCGCCGGCCAGUUGAUGGCACCUCCUCCAGGUACGCAACACACACCUCGGUACGUCGGACAUUCGCAAGCUUUUCUGCCUCCAAGUGCAGGAACAUAUCCAGCAAGCUAUGUGUCUCCGCCCAGUGCUGCUCAGCAAGCAAUUGCCGCACAACCACAGACACCCGAACUGGUGCCAGUAUAUCCGAGCUAUCAGCAAGUUAUUUAUCAUCAAAAUCAACAACAUCCUACUGCCAUAUAUCCUCAGUCGCAAUCUCAGGUGGUUUACGCCGCUUCUCAAGCAAAUGCUGCACCUCCGAUCUACCCAUCUCCGCCUGUGCCUCCAGUACCACACGGUUCUGCGGGUGGGCACAUGGUACCCACCGGCGGUGCAACGGCGCCGCCUUACCCCCAAGGCACGCCCACUCCUAACGCCCAAUCACAGCAGGACGCCGCGAAUGCAGCGGCCUACGCGCAGUUGGCGCACGUCAUGCAACAUAUGAGCAUCGCCGGCGCACCGGCCCAUUAUCAACAUACCGCUGCAACGGCAAUGAUGAUGCAACAACAACAGCAUAAUACGAAAGUUGGCCAGAUGGAGUACCGUACUCGUCCAGCAUCGCAACAGUACUUCAAUACUAAGUCAAAUGGCAAAUACCUGAGCCGUCAGUCGUCUGUUGGAAACGGGGGUAGUAGCGGCGGUACCAAUUCCCCAGCAACCACCGUGGUAGCGAUACCACCUUCAGUAGCGAUGCCAGGAUACUACAAGACACCUCCUGAUACGCCCCCGGCGGCGCAAGGAAUUCUGCCGCCGCAUUUCACCGGAUUCGUACCGCCUCAUCCUGGGGCAGGAAUGUUCAGUAUGCCGCCCGGCCCGCCGCCACCGGUCCUUUUCAAACAGAUGGGUAGUAUGCGAAUGAACACCCCUGGGACAGCUAGGAGUAGCAGAUCUCCAACGCCUGCCAGUGAAAUGUCACAUUUGGAAAGGCAAAGGAUGUCUUUUCCACCGCCCAAUAUUUUUCAAGGAAUGCCAUAUGUAGUUCCCAGUGAUCCUCGGCUGAUGUCGACAAGGAACCAGCCUAACGUGUACAAACAAACAUCAUCUGUGAAUAAGAAUCAGAAUUUUAGUCAGAAUGCGGAUAGUAGACCUCACAAGAAUAAGAAGAACAAGUAUGCUUUGAAAAAUCGAAAAUCUCGUGAUCAUGAUUUUCUUUUCUUCCGCAGCAAGGGAAAUAAACAGUCCGGCUUACCGCCCAGUGGAAAAUAGUCGAACAUCGCUUGAACAUUGCAUCCGAACGCUCUUCAUAGACUGUUACGACUAUUCUAUAGGACGACGCCUUUUUGGACCACGUAAAUACAACAUAAACGCACAUAAUUUUGUAUGUAUACACAUCGAAUUUUAAUUUACGGCAACAUCAUCUGUAUAUACAAGAUGAUUCAUUGAUAUUAGUUUUGCAAGUGCCGAUGAGGUGCAGAUCCACAAUGAGAUUUUUCAUGGUAUUUUUGUCUCGUGAAAAAAAAUCUCAUGAAUAGUAUUAUUUCAUUGUGGGAACAGGCGUAACGUAAGGGAGGUAAUCUCGCGAAACAAU